GGCUUCCGGCGCCAUUUUGUAUGGCGUUCGCGUCGCCCUUCCCUUCGAGGAGCCGUUAGAGCCGUCAUGGCGCCCCGGGAGAGACCUCUGCCGCGCGGGGGAGAGCCAUGGUAACUCCCCUGGCGAUGGCCGCGCUGCUGCUUCUUGUGCCGGCCACGGGGCGCCCAGCCCUGACCCUCGCCCGCCUGCGCGAGCUUCGGCCGGGACAUGGAGAAAAGUAUCAACAAGUAUCAAUCACAACUGUUAAAAAUUGUGCAUUCAAAACAUCAGUGAAUGUGAUCUUAAAUCAAUCAACAUUGAGAAGGAGCAGCAGAGAUUUGAAAACUUUCAAAAGAAAUUUAGAAGUACUUCGGAAAAAUGAUUAUAUGAACUGUCAACAAACAAACAUGUUAAAAUGUGUAAUUCUUUAUAGAAGAAACUUAUAUCUAAUUGCAAGGAGAAGCACACAUAUUUCAAGAAGGCAUCCAAAAACAAUUAAACAUAUUCAAGGAGGACAAUCAAGAAACAUGUGGAAUACAGUUUUGAAGAAUAGGAGAUUUGAAGUCAAAAUGAAGUGCUACAGUAUAGUCAAUGUUAGAAUUAAACCUGACACUAAAAUAAUUGAGGAAUCACAGAUAUAUGUUGAAAAUAAAUACAUAGAAACUGAGUCAUCACUGAGUUGUUUAGCACUUCAAGCAAAUAUUAUAUUAGAUGCUAUCCUAAAAUGUCAGGAAGUUUUUGAAAGCAUUAUGAAAUUAAAGUUAAAACAAGUGCUAAUGCUAAGACGACAUAUUAACACUGGAAUGUUACAAAUGAAAAAAUAUAAACAAUAUAAUGAUCAAAUGUCAGAUUAUAGCAAAGAAUGUUCUAUAGAAAACAGAAAUGUUUUUGAUAAAAUUAAUUAUGGAAUGUUUACGGAUAGAAAAAAAGUUAAUUCAGAGAAAGAAGGCCAAUAUAUGGAUUUUGGAAAUUAUGUGUUAUCCUGUCAAAGUUUUCAAUGGAUCACAAGCUUUCCUAUCAGAGAAAUGAUGAAGGUGUGGAAACAGAAAACACUAACAAAAACAAACUUGAAUGAAAACCACAGGUUUCUGUUUGUACAUGCAUGUACUUAUCAAAGAAAUAGUGAUGUACCGAUGAUGUCCUCAACACAUAACAUUGUGUCUAAUGUUCAAGAAAAUGACAUAUUCACAUUUCAAAGAAAAAUAUACAGAAACAAAAGGCUAAUUGGAAAAUGGAAAAAAGUACGAAUGCAACCUUCUGUAAUACAUCCUGUCUUUCCAAUUAUUAAGAUAGCUAUAGAAGUAUACUAUGGAAAACUUAAUUCAGAAGUCAGUCCAGCAAAACCAUCAGUCCUUAUGAUGAACACAUUGGAAUAUCUCAUACAGUCCUCCCAGAGAGGAAAAAAAUAUUCUAAUGUUACCCAGGAGAGACAUAGACAUAAAAGCCUGAAAACACUUAUGACAAGAAAGCAUCUUGAUACAGAAAAUAGGUUUCCAACAUUUUCAUAUCUCUAUAAACACAUUUCCAAUAGUCCAUUGGUUGUUAAAAGAAUGAAACGAUCAGCACAGGGAGAAACUGUACCAGUACCUGUAGAUGUUCUGAAGCGUUUAACCUCUGCUCUUAUAGCAGGUGCUACUAUUUUUGGAAUAGCUAUCUUUGCUUUGGUAUUAACAGGCUGUUACUUGUUUGAUAAAAGAAGGGAGCUUGGUCAGUUUUUUGACAUAAUGUUGAAACAUGGAAAAUCAAAAAAACACACAAAACCUGUUGAAAAUCAAAGUUCCACACCUAUUUCUGUUUCGCAAAGGUUUCAUUUAGCACAACCACAGGGAUCAAGGAGGAAUCAGACAGCAUUUGCAUCAGUGACAGCUGCUGAAGCUUACUCUAUAAAGGAAUCUGAUUUCAUUAUUGUAAAACAAAUAUAUGACAACUCUGAUUCAGAAGACAGUUCAGAAAUGUCACAUGAUCAUCAUGGUUUGACUCUAAAAUCCAGAGCGUAUGUGUUUCCUUCUCGGUCCAGUGAAAGCAUAAGAUCAUUCUGUGAUGAUGUAGGUGCUCUUUCCACUUCACUACCUUCCUCAUCAGAUGAAAUUAAAAGAGAGAAUCGCUUUACAAAUCCAUCUAAUAGUACUCUAAAAGAGAAAGAAUCAGUGCCUAAGCCAGAAUCUUCACAUGAUAACCAAGAACAGUGUACCUCUGGUGAUUUAUUAUUACAGCUAAAGAAAACAAAAGGUUCAUCAGAACCAAGCUUUUCAGGUGAAAUCACAGUAGAAAAUCAAGUCUCAAAUCUAUCUGCCACUACCCCAAAAGAAAAAGAAAUGUUUCCUGUUACACCUCAGCCAGACUCUUUACGUGGUCAUCAGGAACAAUGUACUUCUGGUGAUAUAUUGGCACAGCCAAAGAAAACAACAGAUUCUUCACAACCUUACUUGGUAGCCGAAAUCACAGUAGAAGACCAGUUUUCAAAUCUGCCUACCACUACCCCAGAAGAAAAAGCAAUAGUUCCUGUUGUAACUCAGCCAAGAUGUCAUACUCAAAAACAGUGUAUAUUUAGUGAUGUUCUGCAGGUAAAGGGAGAAUCCAUUUCAAAAUCAAAAUCUGAAAAUGACAUAAGGCCUUCUUCUAGUAGAGGAGCAUAUGUAUCUCGGUCAUUGACUCGUCUUUAUAAGUGUCCAUGAUCAGUAUCCAUGUGUCUCAUUCAAUAUUUUUAAACUUACAAAUAAUAAACCAAAUAUCCUCCAAAAAACCAAUUAUUUCAACAAAUAUGCAUACAUGUGAAUGAAGAAAUUGAAAGUCCCUGAAUAGUAGGAAUAUGUCUCAACAGCUUUAAAUGUUUUAUUCAUAUUUGGCAACAUCUUUUCUUAGAAAUUAAAUUAACUAAAUAUAUUCAAUGAUAUUGUAACUUGGGUAUGAGGAGGAAAUUAU